ACAGAAUAGAAGGGUCGGAGAUUUACAAUCAAAACAAAGAGAAGAGAUUCAUAAAUCUUCCUCGUCUCGCGCUAGCUUUCUGUGAACGGCAAGGUGGCCGGCGGUGACUCAUUUGGAUCGUUUCUUUGAAUAGAAAUUGGAGUUACAAUGGCCAUGGUUGAUGAACCAUUAUACCCUAUCGCCGUCCUCAUAGACGAGCUGAAGAAUGAUGACAUCCAGUUACGACUUAAUUCAAUCCGUAGAUUGUCAACAAUUGCACGUGCUCUUGGCGAGGAGCGAACCCGUAAGGAGUUGAUUCCUUUCCUGAGUGAAAACAAUGAUGAUGACGACGAGGUCCUCCUUGCUAUGGCUGAAGAGCUGGGAGUGUUUAUUCCAUAUGUUGGUGGAGUGGAGCAUGCCCAUGUCUUGCUGCCACCUUUGGAGACACUAUGCACUGUUGAGGAGACAUGUGUGAGAGACAAAUCUGUGGAGUCGUUGUGUAGGAUUGGAUCUCAAAUGAGGGAAAGUGAUUUGGUUGACUGGUUUAUUCCUCUUGUCAAGAGAUUGGCUGCUGGAGAAUGGUUUACUGCUCGUGUUUCGUCUUGUGGGCUAUUUCAUAUUGCUUAUCCUAGUGCACCUGAUACGCUAAAGGCUGAAUUACGUUCAAUAUACAGUCAGCUCUGUCAAGAUGACAUGCCAAUGGUCAGAAGGGCAGCUGCAACCAAUCUAGGAAAGUUUGCUGCAACUGUUGAAGCAGCACAUUUGAAGACGGAUAUCAUGUCAAUGUUUGAGGAUCUUACCCAAGAUGAUCAAGAUUCUGUCCGUUUGUUGGCCGUUGAGAGCUGUGCUGCUCUUGGUAAACUGUUGGAGCCCCAGGAUUGUAUUGCACAUGUUCUCCCUGUUAUUGUGAACUUUUCACAGGAUAAAUCAUGGCGUGUUCGCUACAUGGUUGCAAAUCAAUUGUAUGAACUUUGUGAAGCUGUGGGGCCUGAGCCUACCAAGACGGACUUGGUACCGGCAUAUGUACGGUUACUUCGUGAUAAUGAGGCGGAAGUGCGUAUAGCUGCUGCUGGCAAAGUAACCAAGUUCUGUCGCAUCUUGAACCCUGAACUUGCAGUUCAACACAUUCUUCCUUGUGUGAAGGAUCUGUCAUCAGAUUCUUCCCAGCACGUCCGUUCUGCUUUGGCUUCAGUGAUAAUGGGAAUGGCCCCUGUGCUGGGGAAGGAUGCUACAAUAGAACAGCUUCUUCCAAUUUUUCUUUCCCUUUUGAAAGAUGAAUUUCCCGAUGUGAGACUCAACAUUAUAAGCAAGCUCGAUCAAGUGAAUCAGGUUAUUGGAAUUGAUCUUUUAUCCCAGUCUCUAUUACCAGCAAUUGUUGAGCUUGCUGAGGAUAGACACUGGAGGGUUAGGCUCGCAAUCAUAGAGUACAUACCCCUACUGGCAAGCCAACUGGGUGUUGGUUUCUUUGAUGAUAAGCUUGGGAGUCUUUGCAUGCAGUGGUUGCAGGACAAGGUUUAUUCGAUUCGUGAUGCUGCUGCUAAUAAUUUGAAGCGCCUUGCUGAAGAAUUUGGUCCUGAGUGGGCAAUGCAGCACAUAAUCCCACAGGUUGGUCUCCCCCCUCUCUGUUCGGUUGCGAGCAAUACUGGUUUACCUAGUUUACCUAGUUUCUUCCAUAUUCUGUUGUGCCCUUUUCAGUUUUGAUGGGAUUGCAUUGUUAGUUGGUAUUUACAAGUGAUAAUUUAAGCUGUUAUUGUUACCGGCAUGUAUAACUCUAACGGCUGUCUGCCUAUAGGCACCAUUGUAUCUAUACUUCUCUCCCUAUUGUUGCUGUACUUUUUGCUGGCAAUUUCCUCAAGGCAAUUUGACGUUGGCAUUUUCCUUGUUGCAGGUCUUGGAAAUGUUCAACAAUCCGCACUACUUAUACAGGAUGACCAUUCUUCGGGCCACUUCUCUUCUUGCUCCUGUGAUGGGCGCUGAGAUUACAUGUUCGAAGCUACUGCCUCCCGUUGUCAAUGCAGCCAAAGACAGGGUACCAAACAUCAAGUUUAACGUGGCAAAAGUCCUGCAGUCCCUCAUUCCAAUAGUUGAUCAGUCUGUGGUGGAGAAGUCCAUUCGUCCUGCUUUAGUGGAACUGAGUGAGGAUCCAGAUGUAGACGUGCGUUUCUUUGCGAAUGAAGCACUUCAUGCGAUCGACAAUGCCAUGGUCUCAGGCUAGAUAUGUGCCAAUAGUUUUUCACAGCUUAAAAUAGUUUAUUUCUUCCUCCCUCGUCGACAUUUUAUGGUAAUGGUUGAUUGAUUGUUGUGCAAUUCUUCUGUAUUUGAGUUGUAUCGACUUUGCCCUUUCGAAGUGCUGGGUAGCAGACAUGGAAUGGAGAUGUAAUUUUGUAACCUAAUAUCUGAUGCGAGAGAAACUCAGCCUUUUUGCAUAAUAGAAUGAAAGCUUCAUCUAACACCUUGGAUUUUUGUAAUUGUGUUGUAGAAUUUUUAUGAAGAUUCUUUUAUAUAGUUCGAGUACUAGCAAUAUACUAAUUAAAC